UAGCCUCUUCCUCACUAAUUAAGAAAAGCCUUUUCCCUUUCUCGAAUAUAAAUAGCUUUGUCAUCUAUCUUUUCUUUAAAACUUAUAUGUCGCCCACUUGCCCACAUCAACACUUUGUCGUUCGGGGUGUGAUUUGACAAACAUUUUGGUGGUCUCUUCUGCCUCAAUGAGUGAUUUUUAGGUACCCACUUGCUAUUUCUGCACAUUUAUAUCUCUUCAACUAAACAUUCUUCUCAAACUGCAAACCCCAACUUCAAGCCCUUUGAGUGAGAGAUGGAGUAGUAUUCCCUAUCCAUUUUGCUGUACUCUGCUUCUCAUUUUGCUACCUCUUUAUAUAUAAGAUUCUUGUUUUGUUUAUAGCAUUUGUGUAGAUGGAAAGGGAGCAAAAGAUUCUUGUCAAUGAACUAACACAAGGGAAGGAGCUAGCAGAACAGUUGAGGAACCAUCUUAACAACAUAUCAUCUUUUGAAAUGCGUCAAGGCCUUGUUGAGCAAAUACUUUCAUCCUAUGAGAAAGCACUCUCCAUGUUAAAUUGGGAUGCCUCUGCUAUUGAAACUAAACCCAUAAUUACUACAUUGGAAUCACCGCACUCUAAUUAUGCCAAACGCAGUCCUAGCCCUAGGAGUGAGGUCUCAGAUCAAGAUUGCAAGGAUCAAUGUCACGGUGGUGUUUACAAGAAGAGAAAAACGCAGCCAAGAUGGACUCUGAGGGUUUGUUCAGAAUCUGGAAUGGAAGGACCGCCGGAUGAUGGUUAUAACUGGCGAAAAUAUGGCCAAAAAGAUAUUCUUGGAGCUAACUUUCCAAGAAGUUAUUAUAGAUGCACUCAUCGUCACUCACAAGGUUGUUUAGCUACAAAACAAGUUCAAAGAUCAGAUCAAGACCCGACAAUUUUCGAGGUGAACUAUUCAGGAAAGCAUAAAUGUCUGCACUCCUCUCGUUUAGCCACAUCAUCGCCUUCUCCCAUAAACGACAAAUCAGAACAAAACAAAGACAAUUUUCAACUACAACAGCUUGAAGAUAAGCCAAAGCCAUUAAAUGAGUUAUCUUUCAACUACAAAGAUGGACUUAAAAGCGAGGAUUUAGACAUAUUUCCAUCAUUUUCUUUUCCUGAUGCGUCAUACAUGGGGAAUGAAAAUGAUAUAUACAGAGAGUCCUUGAUUGAAAAUAAUUUACUGGGCAGUCUUUCUUCUCCUGCAUUUAUAUCUCCCGCCACAUCUGAGUCUAACUAUUUCUCUGUCUCGCCGUGCCACUACAGUGUGAGAACGCCGGAAUCUGAUUCCCUCCCAACUUCGGUUGUCAAUUCACCAAUUGGAAUUUGGGAUAUCUCAAUAGAUAAUGUGGAGUUUGACGCCAGUUUCCCUUUCGAACUCUGAAAUAUUUGGUUAAGAAGAGGAUUACUUGAUGUGUUAGUUUGGUCUUAGCCAACACUUUUAAAGAGAGACUUCAGAGAAUGUUCAUAUGUCUCCUGUAGUAUUGGCUUAGAGAAAUUUUCAGUCGGUUAGUCAGGAUCACGUGUAAUCUUUUUUCUUUUAAUAUCAAGUUCAUGGUUCUAGGUGCACUUUUUCUGCCAAAGUGUUACCAGUAGGAUUAAAAAUCUUCUUUUGUAAAGUGUUUGGAGUCUUCAAUCUGUAUGUUCUUGUGAAUCUUUGUUAGGGAAAUAAAAGUGAAAUCAAGUCUUUUCCCUUU